CAACAACUAUGCCCGUUUCAACCAUCCCGCAUCCUUCUACCACCACCACCAAUAAUACCACCUCAUCCUCUCGACCGGUAUACUUCUGGCAUUGGCACGAAGAACGCACAGGCUACCUGGGCCAAUGAUAUGCCUCGCCCUUCAUCGUGUCCGGCGACACGUAUGCGACGUGCAAGAUGCGGAUGAUGAUUCAAAAAACGCGGUUGUUCGGGGACGGGAAUUUGCGAAGGGGAUGCUAGAUACGACAGACCCGAAGGUGCAUAAGGCGCUGGGGUGGAAGGUUAGGUGGUUUGUUGGGAGGGUUUGGGAUGAGAACAAGUUUGAGAUCGUUGUUCAGGGCCACAUGCACAAAUUUACAGUCUCGGAAGAUGCGGAGAGUUUGAGGAAGUGGUUGUUGGUUGAGGCGAGUCCGAUGGAUAGGAUUUGGGGGAUUGGGUUUGCGGACAAGAAUGCUGGCGCUAACAGGCAUCGAUGGGGACAGAAUUUGUUGGGUAAGGCACUGAUGGAGGUUAGGACGAGGUUGAGAGGAGAGGAGGGCAAGGAGAGGAAGGAGAAGGUUGGGGGUGCUGGAGCAGCUGAAGCCAACGUCUGAACGUCCUGUCAACAUCACAGUGUUGCAAGGAAUGUGUGGUUGGGAGUAUUGUGCUUUCAAAUGGGACUCGACAAGGGACGGUGGCAUCCAAGCGUGGAGGACUUCAGUGCAUUGUUAUUGAGUAUCAAGGUCUAUCAGUCACAUCGUAGAACAUCCUUUCGAACGACACCUGAGCUGCAAAGGUCUUAUCGGUGUUGCGUACAUAUCAUCAUGGCCCCACGGCCAUUGCAAAAGGUAGGGUAGAUCUUCUGCGCAUUUCUCGGACACAACUCCUCCCAUCUCUC